AUGCCUGUACCUACUUCAACAGCGCCUCCGCCCCUCUUCCCGACCCUCACCCGGUCCGAGGUCGACGCCGCGCGCACGAGCGCGUGGUACGACACCUUCGAGGACCUCACCACCCCUGCCACCGUCAUCAACAUCGAUGCGCUGGACGAGCGCGCUGCCUUCCUCGAGUGGAUCGAGUCAGACUCAAUCUUCAUCCCCGAAGACGCGGGCGCUGAGCCAAGCCACGAAGAUGCGCCAAAGUACCAUCUCCCCGCGCUGAACAAGGCGAUUCGCGCCGCCAUCGAUAAGUAUGGCGCCGUGUUCCCGAAGCUGAACUGGACUAGUCCAAGAGACGCCGCCUUCAUCCUCCCCCAGGGCCACGGGCCGCUGCACUCAACCUCGCCGCACGACAUCUAUCUCCUACUCAAGUCCUCUGACUUUGUGCAGCACGACCUCGACCCCAUAAGCGCGUACGAAGGCGUUCCCGCCGCCGAUAUCCCUUCCGAAGUAUCGAUCGAGCUCGUGCUCAAGAAGUUCACCGAGAUGAACCCGAGCCAGGAAGUGCGGUGCUUUGUGCGCGACGACAUUCUGUUGGGUAUCACGCAGAGAGACACCAACUUCUACGAGCACUACCAGGGUGCGGACGAGCAGGCGGCGCUCGUCUCUCGCGUCCGCGAGUUCUACGAGGACGAAAUCUGCGAGAACUAUGCUGGCGGGGCGAACUACGUCUUCGACCUGUACCUCGCAGACAGCGGGAGGAUCACCGUCACCGACUUCCAGCCGUACCGUGGGUCUACGGACCCGUUGCUCUUCUCGUACGAGGAACUCAACGAGUUGCUAGCGAGUGCGAGAGCCUCCCCAUCCACAAGCGAUGAGGCUGAGGCCGGAGCGGAGCGUCUCCCAGAGCUCCGCGUCAUCGACUCGCGCGCACACCCCGCUGCCAACACCGGCCCCGCAUUUGGUGCAAACAUGCUCCCAGUCGAGGCGGUGCAGAUGAGCGAGGGGCAAACGGCGAGCGAUUUUGCUUUGGCGUGGCAGGAGGCCAUGGCGCAGGGCAUGGGACGCCGGAUGGACGAGUUAUCCGACGACGAGCCUGACCUCAAGGGGUCUUUGUGA